CCAGUGAUCAGUCUGGUAACGACAUCCGACGCGAGUAGACGCGACUUUCCGGGAGUUUCGACGGACUUCAGUUUUAUACCAUUGGGUGGUUCAAACGGUUUUGUGUUGUGCUGUGUGCUGGAAUGUGCCUGACCUGACCGGAUUGGUCAUUACUGUCUCGGGAAACGAAAAGGAAAAAAUAAAAUAAAAAGAGCAGUGGAUCUAGUGUGAACAAAAGUGUCAAAGUAGUCAAACGAAGACAGAAUACUUGUGAAAAAAAAAAACAAACGCUCUGCUUUGAAUCGCGUUGCUGUGAUUAGGUGCUGGGUUGCUAGGCUGCGGCUUUGGUCGAAGGUGGCUGAAUAAUAAUCCACAAAGUGUCACAAUGCAGUGGAUGAAAUAUCUCUGUAUUACCGCACUUCUGCUGGCCCUGGUUUCGGCCAGCUCGGACAGUUCCGACGAUUCCAGCGAUUCACAAAGCCGAAAUCCGGACGUGAAACGGAUACGAAUAGAUUCCACGCUACGGAAAGCGUUGCUCCGUGCAUUGCGGCAUCUGAAGGAUCGCCAAGAGGAAGAAAGUGAUCAGCUCAAUGACUCCAAUACGACGGAGGAAAAUUUUUCCACCACCUUGUUGGAUGAAAUACUGGAGGAAAGUACGUACAGUGACCGUGAAACCAACAUCCGGUACCACAGCUAUGAGGCAGCGGAUUCCACAAGCGACAACGGAAGCAACGAGAUUAUAAAAACAAUCAUUAUUAGCAAACCGAAAACUACUCUGAUUCCUCCAAAGGUGGAUCUCCUUCGUUCCGAAUCAGUUCCGGAUCCCAUUAAGGAGCGUGAAAACGAUGUUGAUUCUAACCAAGUAGCUCGUAGUGUGUCGUCCGGAUCGGGUACCAACAACCUGGAUGAGACUAAGGACGAAAAGAGCUCGAUCACGGUCGUUACGCCUAUACCAAGCGUUGUCACUUCGCAGGUUACACCAACGGAAACGGUUUCUACGACGACAACCACAACCACAAAGGCACCAACUCACAAUGCCGAUGGUGAGAAUAUCGAAAAGGUCAAGAGUGAAGAUGUAAAGAUCUACCAAGCUCCACUAGUUGCCGCAUUCACGGUACAGCAAGAUCAGCUAGGAGUUCCACAUAACGUUAUUCCGUUGCUGCAGGUUCCUACGAAGAAAGCCCCCGUCGAUUUCACGGGAGCUACUCCGUCGUUUCCGAAGAUAAUCCCGAUUUCUCAAGCUUCUUCAACCACAAACCAGAAUCAAAACCCGCCCACGGUUCAAACUCCAGUUCCGCUAAAUACGCGUGCUCUUGAGGAAAAAACUCGAUUAUUGGAACAACAAUUGAUCACUCUUCAAAACCAGCAACGCAUUCAGGAACAACUGCUUCGAAAUAAAAUCAUUCAAGAACAGCAACUGAUACUUCAACAGCAGCAACAGUUGCAACAGCAACGAUUCCGAUUGGAAGAAGAAACGCGUAUCCGAUUACAAAAGUUUGAAGAAGAGCAACGUCUUUUCCGACAACAGCAACAGCAACUGCAACAACAACAGUUCAAACUACAACAACAGCAGCAGCAACAACAACCACUGUUCAAACAAUUUCCCGUCCAGCAGCAACCCAACAAUCAACAAUCUCAGCCACUCCAACAACAGCAACCUCAGGCACAAUUCAUCCAAGAACUCCCGCGCACCGGACCGGCUGUACAGUUCAUCCCGAGCGUCUCGCUACCAGGCAAAUCGAUUCCGAUUUCAGUGGAACAGCAGCUUCCUUUCAAAGAAGCGGUUGACUUCCAACCGAGAAACACAUUCGUCGAACAAGUGAAAUCCAUCAGUCCGCCAGUCCAGCAAUUCCCAAUCAUUCCACCGUCUCCGCCUCAGCUUUCGAAGCAACAGCUACUUCCUCUGAAACCGUUCCAAACGUUCAACGUCAAUCCCUUCCCAACUCCACUGAACAGUCAACUUCAGCUUCCGCAGGACCAACAACUACCACAUCUGCAACGCAAUCGGGUCUUCCGACACGAAUCUGGUACCGGAAACUUCGGCUUCAAUUCGCAACCCCAGCAGCAAUCAUCCAACGCUCCUUUCCGUCCGUCGCAACAGCUACCGAUCUUCCAGCAAAACAGUGGUUUCCAGCCACUUCGAAGCGAUAAUCAGCUACAGAACCUGCUCGUCCAAUCCGGUAUCACGUCUCGUUCGGCGGAAGAUUUCAACAUAAUCACCAAGGUCCUAGCUCUGAACCAUGGAAUCCCACAAUCUUCCUCUCAGCUAAUGUUCGCGAAGCUCAGUCCGGAACAACAACAGCAGCUAUUGUUCAGGAAAUAGUGUCGUACCGUGUGUGCUUCAUCCGAACCUUUCCUCUUCCUCCCAAAAGGCCUUUCUCCGACGUGGUUUCGUAUGUUGAAAUGCCUCGUGUGAGUGUCGCAAUGGCGUGCCUGGGCAAGUGUGAGUGUCAAGCGUGAAUGCCGCUAGUGACCGCUAGUCUGCCAUAUUUAUUGAGUGUGAGCGAUUGCGUGAGCACACAAACAAACGCACUAACAUCCCUUAUCCAGUCCCUGUCAUAAGCCAACAGUACUGUUCUCUAUCUUUUCUGGCGGUCUGUAUCAGUGUCUACUUUAUGUAGUUUUUUUUUUGCGUGUAAUACUCGUAGGAGCCAACAGUAAAUUAUUUUCUUUCACCAUAGGAUUAGUGAGCGGUCAGAGUGUACGCUGCAACGAGCGUUCGAUAACAAAUUGUAUUCUAUACUAUACAAAGAUUUUCUUGCGAACAAAUACUAACAAUUGCGUUACGACGUAGUCUGAUGAGAACCCACUCAAUCAUCGUUACGCGCGUAACGAAGUGUAUUAAUUUAUCAGAAAUAAACGAAAUAUUUUUUAAAA